GGAGCUUGGUUAUCAAAAUGAACGUCCACGGGUCUGCGGGGUAACCUCUGCAAGUUGCACCCCACGACAACAUGCAGUGAACGUUACAUCUGAACCAAUUUGCAUGCGUGUCCUUUUUCCAGUUAUAUACCCUUCGUUCUUGUCUCAUACGUCUUCGAAUCUGUAUUCCUAGCAACACCUGAAGUUCCUUUUCACAAUGACGACUUCGACGGCAACAACACAAACCGCUCCCAACGACGACACCACACCCUCCCCAUCCGCAAACCUCCCACCCCCUUCAGACCCGUACACCUCCGCCCUCGCCUCCCUCCAGCAAAACGGCUUCGUCAUUCUCCCAGCCACCCUCUUCCCCACCUUCGACCUCCCGACCCUGCGCGACGCAGCCACUCACCUCACGCACUUAGCCCGCACCUCGCAAUGGCCGUACCUGCGCACCUUGCCCAAACAAUUCCCGCCCUGGCCCUCGGACCCCUCCAACGGCAUCUGGGGCGUCCAGCACCUCCUGCACCCGUCCAACCCCCAUGCCGCCACCUUCGCCAAAAGCUACUUCGACCCGGAACUCCUCAAGUACGCACAAGUCCUCAUCGGCUGCGAAGAAGAGGAACUCGUCAUGGAACUGUACAACAUGCUCGUGCGGCCGGACGCGGCGUUCGCGCUGCGCUGGCACCGCGACGACAUCCCCGCCAGCGCGUCGGCGGAGGAGGAACUGGAGCGAUUGGUGAAGAAGGAGGCGUUCCAUGCGCAGUGGAAUUUGGCGCUGUACGAGGAUGAGAGUCUCGUUGUCGUUCCGGGGAGUCACAGGCGGGCGAGGACGGAGGAGGAGAGGAGUGCGGAUCCUUUUGAGGACGAUAUGCCGGGGCAGUUGGUCGUGAGGUUGAAGGCGGGUGAGGUGGUGUUUUAUGAUAAUAAUAUCUUGCAUAGGGGCGUGUAUGAUCCGGACAAAGAGAGGAUGACGUUGCAUGGGAGUGUGGGGAGUUGUAAGAAGGGGGCGGGCAAGGAGAGGGCGAGGAAUGUGUUGCAGCAUGGGGUGGGGAGCUGGGUUGGCGAGGUGGAUUUUCGGAAGUGGGUGGGUGGGGAGAUUGGGGAGAGGGCGGAGAGGAUGAGGGAGAGGUUGGUUAGGUUGGGGAGGGAGAGUGGGGAGGUGGGCUUCUUUAGUAAGGAUGAGUAG